AUGGCACAAGCAACCCAAAAUACCAUCACAAAAUUUGAGUUAGUCGGGAAUUCGGGCAGCUCAUAUCCUUUGAUCAUCUUUUUCCAUGGCUCAGGCGACUCCUGCGAGUCUUGGGCCGCGCUAGCAGAACUCCUCAGUCCUGCGUACCAGCUUCUGCUCUGGGAUAGAGAGGAUCCAUACGUCAGAACCGACAUAGCUAUCUCGGAACUGUUGGAUUUUCUUGAUAGUAGUGAUACGCCCAAGCAAUAUGUACUGAUCGCGCAUUCAUACGGCGGCACCUUCGCCCGGCUCUUCCUCGAAGCGAGACCGCACCAAGUAGCGGGAAUAGUCCUCGCCGAAACAGGCGCUGAGCCAACGAUAGACGCCCAACUCGAACAAAGACAAUACGAUAAGAAGAUCCUGGGGAACAAGCCACUCGUCGUGAUUCGAGGCAAUACUCUGAAAUGGAAACAGCUACAGUAUGAUCAAGCCAUCGCUGCAGAACAGAACCUCGCCAGCCCAACCCUGCUGAUGCAGAAGAAGCUCUUGGACGCGACAGACAAGGAGGAUGAGAGGUUGAAGAAAGCUCAGCUGCAACUCUCCAGGAAUAAUCGAUAUGUGCAUAUCCCGGAUGUCAGUCACGAUGUGAUUAUUGAGAAGCCGGAAGCUGUGAGGGAGGCUGUUUGUUGGGUCAUGGAGCAUUUGCAGACUGCCGAGGAAGAGGUGCGACAGGAAGAGAUACCAGUGCCUGCGACGGAAGAAGGCGAGACUGUUGUCAAGAAGAGCUUUGGGGAUAGGUUGAGAGGAGCGAAGAAGAUGUCUUUGAGGGGAAGUCUGUUCAAAUUGUUCAAGAAGUCUGAUAAGUGA